GAACUGAGGGAAAGACUUUCGAAGUACUCGGUAUCUAUAAAGCCUUUAAAACAGAUAUCGCAAAUUUUAAUGAAGAAAUAAAAGCUGCUGCAAAAGAACACAACAAAGAACUCGUAAAAGAAUUAUUGAAAUGGAAUUCUAAAUAUGAUGCGCUUGUAAAUGAAUUAGAAGCUACCGCUGUUCAAUUUAUUGGUUCAAUCGGGGAACUUAAAAAAAAAUUAGCGAAAUUACAUUAA